ACACCUGCUGUUAACUCAUAACUACUUAGGACAGCUCACGAGGUGUCAUAAAUUUCUGCCAACUAGGUGGGACUAGAGACUUCAUAAAUAGCUUUAAUUUAUACCCAUAAGUGUAAAAUGUCUUUAUUCUCAGCACUUAUACGACCAAUUUUCUCCUCUGAGACACUUUGUGGAUAUGGACCCAGAUCUCAAAAUAUUGUUAUAAAAAAACAGAAUGUUUGUUUUACAUAAUAAUAAAUAAUUCAUAUUACUAAUGUAACCCACUGUAAAGACUGGGUUCAGUUGAUUGUGUUGCACUGCUCAUGUCCGCGUUCUGGAACUGUCCGCGUCCCCGUACAGAACCGUCCGCGUCCCCGUACAGAACUGUCCGCGUCCACGUUCGGUGUGGCGCCAAGGAUAUUGUCCGGUUACGCGCAGAGUGGACUGAGGUGAUCUUGGGGAAUAACGACGGUGUUUGUUACAGUGUUGAGACACCGAAGUUUACUGUUCAAUUUGCUUUUUUCUUUACGGUCAGGGACAGUAUGAGUGUAGCCAGAUCCUUUUCACUCUCUAUACUUGUUUCAAUUUGUGUUUCACCGGAUUCAUCAUCGAGACGAGGGACAGACGAACGACCUGCUAACUAACCAGCAGCAUCCUAGUUAUCCUAGCUAGUCGGUACAGCUCGGUAAGCUAGCUAGCUACUCUACCAGCAGCAUCCUAGUUAUCCUAGCUACUCGGUACAGCUCGGUAAGCUAGCUAGCUACUCAACCAGCAGCAUCCUAGUUACCAUAGCUACCACUACAUCAUCACCGGCUCCCCGGUUGUUUCUUCCACCUGUUAAAUCCCGGUGAGGCUUCUCCCUCUCUCGUUGACGGAUGCUGGCUACCUCUGUCCGGUUCUCCUCUCUUCACUAGAUGGACGGUAACUUUAGUGUUUAAACCCUCUGUGUCCAAGGACCGAACUUUUGAAUAUUAUUUUCAGGGCGCCUCAAUAGCAGGUAUUGAACCCCGGGUAAAUAAUCACUAGUCAGAACCUCAACCUCAGUAUACAUUCAUUAUAAAAAUCAUCUUAAUAUCUGAUAUUGUGAGUAAACAACCUCGAGAGUGCGUCUUCCAGCCCUCCAAUAAAUUACAUCAUUCAACCCUCCCGGUUAGUAAAUUUACCUCAACAUGCCCCCGGAGAAGGCAGAGUAACGACACCAGCCUUUUAGCGGGGCUGACAGACUGACUACAACGCUCGCGUCGCUAAAUGAAUUUCGUCAUUUUAAAUGACACACUGCUCGCGCGCGUUAACGUCUGUAAGUCAGUUUGUGACGCAGAAUGAAGCGAUAAAUAGCUUUUUGGAAUGAAACUCUUCUUAUGUUUCCCCAUCUGAGCUCAGAGUAGAUGAGAGAUGUAAUGUUUGUCUCUGUUGUGUUGAAGACCAAUCAAGCAGGAGAGACCAGCCUCCCCUGUUCCCAGCUGUGUGUCCAUGAAGAGUGACCGGUCUAUGAUGGAACCUAUAUACUUUAGAGAGGGAGACUUUUCUACUGAACAAAGACCAAUCAAGCAGGAGAGACCAGCCUCCCCUGUUCCCAGCUGUGUGUCCAUGAAGAGUGACUGGUCUAUGGGUCAACCUAUACAGUUUAGAAAGGGAGACUUUUCUACUGAACAAAGAAACCAACAGGAGAGAUCAGAGUCAGAGAUUCUCAGUGGUCAGUCUUCCCAGAGUCAUCAAACAGACCUGGCCUCCAUAUUCAGUUUGCUUGAAGAGAAAAUUAUGACAUUUGUGAAGAACGAGCUGAAGAUGUUCAAGAGGAUUCUUAGUCCAGAACUCCCAGAAGGCUUUGAGAGUCAGAAGCAGGAUAAGGAAGUGGUGGAUGCUGAAGAUGAGCAGCAGGAGAGCAGUGCCAGAGAGGGGGCUCUGAAGAUCACACUGCACAUCCUGAGGAAAAUGAACCAGAAGGAGCUUGCUGACACACUGGAGAAAUAUUCAGAUGAGCUUGCUGUGAUUUGCCAACGUGAACUCAAAUCUAAUCUAAAGAAGAAGUUUCAAUGUGUAUUUGAGGGGAUCGCUAAACAAGGAAACCCAACACUUCUCAAUAAGAUCUACACAGAGCUCUACAUCACAGAGGGUGGAACAGGAGAGGUCAAUAAUGAACAUGAGCUGAGACAGAUUGAGACAACAACCAGGAAACAAGCAAGACCAGAGACUGCAAUCAAAUGUAAUGACAUCUUCAAACCCUUAACUGGACAAGACAAACCUAUCAGAACUGUGCUGACAAAGGGAGUCGCUGGCAUUGGAAAAACAGUCUCUGUGCAGAAGUUCAUUCUGGACUGGGCUGAAGGAAAAGCAAAUCAGGAUGUCCAAUUUGUAUUUUCAUUCCCUUUUCGGGAGCUGAAUUUGAUGAAAGGGGACAAACACACUUUGAUUGAACUUCUUAAUCACUUCUCAAUGGAAACCAAACAAUCAGGAAUCUCCAACUACAACAAGUACAAAGUUCUGUUCAUCUUUGAUGGUCUGGAUGAGUGCCGACUGCCCCUAGACUUCCAGAAGAACAAGAUCUGUUGGGACGUCACAGAGUCAACCUCAGUGGAUGUUCUGCUGACAAAUCUCAUCAAGGGAAAUCUGCUUCCCUCUGCUCUCCUCUGGAUAACUACCCGACCUGCAGCAGCCAAUAAGAUCCCUUCAGGGUGUGUUGACCAGGUGACAGAGGUACGAGGGUUCAAUGACCCACAGAAGGAGGAGUACUUCAGGAAGAGAUUCAGUGAUGAGGACCUGGCCAGCAGAAUCAUCUCACACAUAAAGACAUCAAGGAGCCUCCACAUCAUGUGCCACAUUCCAGUCUUCUGUUGGAUUUCUGCAACAGUCCUUGAACACAUGCUGAAACAUAAGAGAGAAGAGAUGCCCAAGACUCUGACUGAGAUGUACACACACCUUGUGGUGUUUCAUACCAAACAGAAGAAUGAAAAGUAUCUUGGGAAAGAAGAGACAGGUCCACACUGGAAUAAAGAGAGCAUUCUGUCACUGGGAAAACUGGCUUUCCAACAGCUUGUGAAUGGCAAUCUGAUUUUCUAUGAAGAAGACCUGAAAGAUGCUGGCAUUGAUGUCAAUGAAGCCUCAGUGUACUCAGGAUUGUGCACACAGCUCUUUAAAGAGGAAUGUGGGCUGUACCAGGACAAGGUGUACUGCUUUGUUCAUCUGAGCAUUCAGGAGUUUCUGGCUGCUGUAUAUGUGUUCCUCUCAUUCAUCAACAACAAUGAGAAUCUAAUGGACAAACUGCAAUCAAACAGGAACUUUUUUCUGUUGAGGAUCAAACAAAGUGAAGUUACUUUCUACAAGAGUGCUGUGGAUAAAGCCUUACAAAGUGAGACGGGAAACCUGGACCUUUUCCUCCGCUUCCUUCUGGGCCUCUCACUGGAGUCCAAUCAGAAGCACUUACGAGGUCUACUGACAAAGACAAGAAGCAGCUCACAGAGCCAUGAAGAAACAGUCAAGUACAUCAAGGAGAAGAUCAGGGAGAAUCCCUCUCCAGAGAGGAGCAUCAAUCUGUUCCACUGUCUGAAUGAACUGAAUGACCAUUCUCUAGUGGAGGAGAUCCAAAGCUACCUGAGAUCAGGAAGUCUCUCAAAACCCAACCUGUCACCUGCACAGUGGUCAGCUCUGGUCUUUGUGUUGCUGACUUCAGAAAAGGAGCUGGAUGUGUUUGACCUGAAGAAAUACUCCAGAUCAGAGGAAGGUCUUCUGAGGCUGCUGCCAGUGGUCAAAGAACAUGGUGGAGAGAACAGAAUGAAACCUGGACUUAGAAAAUAUGUCUGUGAUCUCACACUGGACCCAAACACAGUAAACAGACACCUCUCUCUGUCUGAGGAGAACAGAAAGGUGACAUGGAGGAGAGAGGAGCAGCCGUAUCCUGAUCACCCAGAGAGAUUUGAGGACUGGGGACAGGUGCUGUGUAGAGAGGGUCUGACUGGGCGCUGUUACUGGGAGGUAGAGUGGAGUGGGAGAGGGGCUGUUAUAGGAGUGACAUAUAAAGGAAUCAGCAGGAGAGGAGGUGAUGACUGUUGUCUUGGACACAAUGACAAGUCCUGGAGUCUGUUCUGCUCUGACAACAGUUACAUUGCCUGGCACAAUAAUAAUCCCACUACCAUAGACGUCCCCUCCUCCAGCUCCCACAGAGUAGGAGUGUAUCUGGACUGGCCAGCCGGCACUCUGUCCUUCUAUAGAGCCUCCUCUGACACACUGACCCACCUGUACACAUUCACCUCCACAUUCACUGAGCCCCUCUAUCCAGGGUUUAGGGUUUGGUAUGAUGGCGACUCAGUGUCCCUGAAAUAAUAACAUGACACACACACACACACUGGACACACACACACACGCUGGACACACACACACACACACACACACACACUGGACACACACACACACACUGGACACACACACACACACACUGGACACACACACACACUGGACACACACACACACACACACACACUGGACACACACACACACUCUGGACACACACACACACACUGGACACACACACACACACACACA